AUGACGAACGCCUUCAUUACUGGUCUUCUACUGGUACUUACAGUGAAUGCAGAGGAUAAUUCUGCAGUGGAAGUUUAUAACUCGUGCAAAAACAAUCUGCCAUAUCCGAAAAAAGGAACUGGUUUACCUAAUUGGUGCCGGACUAUGAGAAUAGAUGUUGGAUCAUGCUUGAGCGAGAAAGUCAGUAAUCAGUUUCAUUUAUUUCCUACACUCGGAGGUGUGUUUAACUUAGAGGAUAGAAGUCUCCAUGAUUAG